GGGUUAAGAGAAGGAAAGGUCCAUGGAGAGGAGAGGAUUUCACACUGAUGCAAGCGCUCAUCAAGGCAGAUUUCUGGAUUCUGUUUUUCUCUCUUCUGCUGGGCUCUGGAUCUGGUCUCACCGUGAUUGAUAAUCUUGGGCAAAUGAGCCAGUCAUUGGGUUAUGAGGAAACUCACAUCUCUGUGUCAAUGAUUAGCAUCUGGAACUUUCUUGGACGCAUCGGUGGAGGGUACUUCUCAGAGAUCAUUUUCAAAGACUAUGUGUAUCCAAGGACAAUCGCGCUAGGAAUAGCCCAAGUCCUGAUGGCGAUCGGGCACUUCAACUUCGCGAUGGCGUGGCCCGGGACAAUGUACAUCGGCACACUGCUCGUGGGGGUAGGCUACAGCGCGCACUGGGCCAUCGUGCCAGCUGCGGCCUUCGAGUUGUUCAGAGUUGCGAGAAAUUUGCUGUAUUUUUAG